AUGAUUUCAAGAGUAUUUCGGUUCGAAACACGUCUAAUUAUAAGCGCAUCUUACUUUAGCUUUUGCACAAAGUUUAAUGAUUGUACUGAAAAGAGCGAUUAUGCAUCCAUUGGAGAAGCAUAUCCUUCUAUAUCUUAUAUUAUGGUUGAUAAUACCGAUAAUUUAAUAAGAAUGUAUCCUCAACCUUUAUUGAAACAAUUCACAGAUUUAGAUAUAAAGCCAAAUUGGAUACAUUAUGAUAUCAAUGCACAAUUUAAUAGCGAUGUUAAUUGGUAUUUUGUGGAUAAUCCUAAUGAAAUCAAUCAAGGUCAAACAGAUUUCUUAAGAAAUGUUAUACACGAGAUCAUUCAUGGACUUGGAUUUGUUACUUCUUGGUCAGAUAGCUUUUAUUCUGACUUGGCACCUUUAUUUCCGAUGAAUAUAAAUAAAUUUAUUACACCUUUCCUUCUUGCUUCAGCUGAAAACAAAGGCAGUCUUACGAACUAUCAAGCUUCUCAGCCAUUUUGGGGUUUUGUCGAAUUUCCAUUCGAUAAGUUCAUAUCCUAUACAACAUCCUCUGGUGAAUUAGAAUCCUUUACAAACAUCACACAACAGCUAAAUAAAUUCGGCAAUUCGAAUAUUAUGUUUAAAAAUACAGUUGAUUUAGCCAAUGCCUGGUAUAACUCGGAUGCAUAUCAUCAAGCCUCUCAAAUUUAUAUAAAGGCAAAUACAUCUCUUGAUGUAAUGGCAGUCGUUGAUAAUGAAUUGAAUAUUUGGCUUGAAACGGCUAUUCCAUUUUUAUCAGGAUCGUCUCUAUGUCAUGUCUCUGAGGCCAUCUAUUUAAAUACCUCAGACUAUCUCAUGGUCUAUUUUGCUAAUAAGGGUGUUGAUCUAAGUCAACUAGACUCUUUAUAUCCUGAUGGUCCUAUUGGCCCUAAAUUACGUACCUUAAUGGGUGCCCUUGGAUAUCGAAUGCACAAUACAUCCAUCAAAACAAUUCGACCCAACUUAUCAUACUGGUCUCCAGCUCAAGAUUUAGUGGGGACAAAGUCAAACCCACAACCUUCUCUUAGUGUCUAUACAAAUGGACCUGCUCGUAUUCCUGUAGCAAAUAAAACACCAAUCUCUGAACACGUUAGUUCUUCUGCUACUAGGAAUCCAACUUAUCAUCAUGUAUCGAUUUUAAUUGUUUUUAUUGCCUUACUUUUAAUUUAA